CGCGCAUCAACUGAGGCAGGCUGCCGGAGGAGCCGAAGGGCUUGCCGCACGGCGAUAAACAUCAGCGCCGAUGCGACGCCGAAACAAACUUUUGCUUGAUGCUGCUCAACGGCAUCAAUUUUCGGGCUUUCUUUCAAUUGAAACUAUAAAACCAAGAUGUCCAUGGAUGGUAGCGAGGCCUGGCCCGCGCCGAGCUUCGGCAGCGAAGAGGCACCUGCGGCGGGCGACGGCGACUCUCAGGGCUCGAACGAGAACGCGACGUCGUCGGCAUCGGGCGCCGGUACCUUUCUGCAGCCGCACGUACCCAAGCUAAGCCUAACAGCGACCUCUUCAGCGGUCUCCGCAACGGCUUCGCUACCGGAGAAACCGCCCGACGUCGAUGGACGCCCGGCGACCACUGCCGACGGUGUUGCCGUGUUCGAAGAGGACACGCGGAGCUCGUGGAACCUAGAGCCUCCGUCUUCGGGCGCAACGACGCCGUCAGGCCCGACGGUGCCCAAAGACGCCGAAGACGAAGAGGCCGCCCUCGAAGAGCGCGAGCCGUCGUCGUCUUGCGCAGGCGGCGGCGGCGGGGAUGUGCCUUGCACCAAGUCGGCCACGGCGUCGGACUCGAGCGGCGGCGAGAAUCGGGAGCGUACGCCGGUCGUGAGCUUCGCGCCGACCGUGGUGGACUGCGACUCGCAGAACAGCGGCAGCAGCGUCAAGAGCGGCGCCGGUGGCCGCAAGCGCUUCUCGGACGACGAGGUGACAUCCGAAGCCUCCACGACCAUCACGGCCGACAAGCUGUUCGAGUACCACUGGCCACAGGACUGCGGCGACGCCUACAUGCUUCAGGAGCAGGUGUGCGAGUUCUUGAAUGUCAAGUCGUUCAAGCGGAAGCACCCAGAUCUCAUCCGACGGAUGGUAGAAUUUGAUGAAAAGGAGUUUCUGAAGGAGCACGGCGUUGUGACGAUGACCAUGUGUGACCUUGGACUGACUGCCCUUCGUGCCGAUGAUGUGGUCGAUCUGUUUAUGCGUGACUAUCCUGAAAAGUACCAGGAAUACGUCAACUACAUCCGCGAGCGGGACAAGCAGAAUACGGUGGAGAAGCACCGCGGCUACUCAGCCGUGUCGAUCGAGAAGUGCAAGAUGGCCGACUUCGUCCGCAAGGCCGUCGCCUCCACUGCCGAGUACAACAAACACCUCAACGAGGAACGUCGGGAAGAGCGACGUUCGUGCUUUGACCUCCAGACUUUCACAAUCCAGUAUCCGUCGCGCAAGAUACCAAAGGUUGAAGUAAUGCCGACCAACCGGCGGCGGUACCCCGUUGCAUUAAUACCGGGACAGUACCAGGAUCACUACCGGGUUUACACGCCGCAAGAGCUAAAGUAUUUACCGAUAAGCACGGUUCUCUACGGACCGCCCCAGGAGAUCGGCUCUGUCUAUACGCACCCGGGGUCAGAUGGAAGCCAAUCCGAGUCUGAAGACAGCUCCGGGUCAGACGGGUCAUCUUGUAGCAGUUCAAGUGGUGGAAGCUCACCUGCCUCAGACAUGGACACGAGCGCCCCAACGGGACCCAAUUUCUGCAAGGUCUGCGCCAAUGCCGACAGCUCAAAGGAAGGUGAGGAGCUCAUAUCAUGCUCCGAGUGCGGGAAGGUGGGUCACGUGACGUGCCUCGACAUACUACCGGAGAUGGCGGCGGCCAUCAAGUCUUAUCGGUGGCAGUGCAUGGACUGCAAGAUGUGCAACGUCUGCAUGGCGACGGACAACGAGGACAAGAUGAUGUUUUGUGACCGGUGCGAUCGUGGUUACCACAGCUUCUGUGUGGGCAUGAAGUCCGUGCCAGCAGGCCGCUGGAUCUGUCGGCUGUGUGGUCGGUGUGCGACGUGCAAUAUCAACACGCCCGGCCCGGAGGGACCCAGGGUCCAGUGGCACCACGAGUACGGGAAAGGUCCGAGCCCCGUCGACCAUAAGCGGAGUGUGACCAUCUAUUGCCAAAACUGCUACCGACAACGAAAAGGCCGGUGACGAAGAUUAGAGUGUUACAGGACCGUUGUUGUUCUCAUUGUAAUAUAGUGAAUAAAUGAGCGCGGACUCUGUUUUUAUUCAUAAGUAA